UGAUGGUUCUGGCACCAAAACCUUGUUAAACCACGGCUCGGGAAAGUACGUGAUGAAGUACAUUUUACCUGAUGGUCUGAGUUGCUCACAGUGCGUUUUACAGUGGUUGUAUGAUACAGGUAGCGUAGGAGCUACCACUCCCAGGGAGCAAUACGUCAACUGCGCCGACAUUGCAGUCGGCGGAGGUGGGACAGGGACAAGCAACACAGCAGCGCCAUCUACAGGCACUGGAAAUGGCGGGAAUGGAGGCAGCAGCGUAAUGAUAUGUAAAGCCAUCGGCGCUUUCUUCGGGAACGCCGCCGCGGAUGCGUACUGCACCAGUAACUGCUCUAGAGGGGUCUGCCCCCCUAGCGUGUGUAAAUGUGUUACUUUCUAAACGACAUCCAAAUCUACAGCACCGUCAAUAAAAUGUCGGCACCAUCAAUAAAAUGUUCAGUUAAUUUG